AUGUCAAACACACCUCCUCCUAAACCAAAGCGAGACAUGAAAGUCCUCUGUCUCGGCCUCCCCCGCACAGGCACAGCAUCCAUGGCAGAGGCUCUCACUGUUCUCGGCUACAAAGACGUGUUCCACGGCCUCAAGAUCAUCGACGACAAAGAAGCUUGGAAGAAGCUCGAGCGCGCCUCAGACGCCUCAUUCCCGAAUCUUCCCUCAUACACUGGGAAACCCUUCACCCGUGGACAGUGGGAUGAGAUCUGGGGAGAAUGCGAAGCCGCCACCGAUGUAGCGUCUGUCUUCGCACCGCGGUUGAUUGAGACGUAUCCAGAUGCUAAAGUCAUACUCGUAAUUCGGGACUUCGAGCCUUGGUUCAAGAGCAUUGACGAGGGUGUCCUCAGACAACUCUGGGGCCCAAUCGUCGCGUUCUCCGUCAACGUCGUGGAGCCACUCGUCGGGUCGAGAGCUGGCCCAGCGGCGCGAAAGCAGAUGCUAGGUCUUUUCCAAGCAGAGACAGUUGACGAAGCUCGCAAGAACGCAAGAGAAACAUAUGAUCGCCAUCAUCGUGUUAUACGCGAAAUGGUGCCUAAGGAGCAGCUGCUAGAGUAUCGCAUGGGACAAGGCUGGGAGCCCAUUUGUGAGUUUCUGGGUAAGCCUGUGCCGGAGAAGGAGUUUCCUUGGGUUAAUGAGGCAGCGGAACUACGGAGGAUUGUGAAGGAGAAGGCAAAGAGUAACCUUGUUGCUGCUGUGAUGGUUGUUAUGCCGUGGGCUGGGGCCGUAACUGCUUUGGGAGCUGGUUACUGGAUGAUGUAUAAGAGGUGA